CGAGCGGUGAGACGGUGUACUUGAUUAAGAUAACAUUGAAUAACAAUUAUAUUAUAAAUAAAAAAUGUUGAGAAAUUUGGCUAAACGAUCCAUCGAUUCGCAAAAAUAUAAAUGGGAAAAAAUGUUAUCAAGCAGAGCCAGCAACAUUACCGCUCAAUCAAUCUCGUUAAAUAGAUUUUGCAUGAAACAUGGAGUCGAUGAAAAUACAACCUCAGCUGCCGCCGCUGCCAAUUCUUUGGCCGAAAUAGCUAAACGUUGGCAGCAGCGUUUUGAAGAAGAGCGAAUAAGUGAAGGAUUUGAAUCGUUCGCUCAUAUCGCUGCUCAUGUUUUAGGCAUCAAGAGAUCUGGGCUGGAUGCAAUCAUGGAAAAAAAACUAACUCAGCAGCAAAGUCAAAAAUUGGAAGAAUUGUGUUUAUGUAGAUUGUCUAGCAUGCCCGUGCAAUAUAUUGUAGGAGAAUGGGACUUUAGAAAUAUUACUCUAAAGUUAGAACCACCAAUUUUUAUACCUAGAGUAGAAACUGAGGAGCUGGUUAGCAUUGCAUUGAAUAGGAUUGAAAAUAUGAAAAAAAAUCCAAUAAAAAUUCUAGAAAUUGGUUGUGGUUCUGGUGCAAUUUGCUUAUCUUUAUUGCAUUCAAAUCAAUCUAUACAACUGGUUGCUAUCGAUAAAAAUCAUCAUGCAUGUACAGUAACAAUAGAAAAUGCAAGUAACUUAAAAAUAAACAAAAACUUGAAAGUUUUGAAUGCAUCGAUUACCAAAGAAGGAUCAAUACAAUCAGAACAAAAUAUUUCGACAAAUGAAGAUGUGAACUUUGAAAAAUUGAAAUUUGAUUUGAUUAUUAGUAAUCCACCUUAUAUUCCAACUAAAAAGAUUUUCCGUCUGCAACCAGAAAUUAGACUAUACGAAGAUUUUUCAGCUUUAGAUGGAGGUACAGAUGGAUUAGAUGUAAUUGAUGCUAUAUUGAAGUAUGCUUGCAAAGCUUUGAAUUCUGAAGGCCUAGUACUUUUGGAAGUAAAUCAUGAUCAUUCACAAAAAAUUCAAGAGCUAAUAGAAAAAAUGUACUCUAAAGAACUUAAAUAUCUUGCAACUCAUAAAGAUAUAUAUGGAAGGGACAGAAUAGUUGAAAUUAUCAAGAAUGAGUGAAAUUUGGUUUCAAAGUAUUUUUGUUGUUAUUAAUAUGAAAACUACUAUAGUACAAUAUAUACAAGUAAUUUUUUCUAAAAAACACUUAAUAAUUAAAAUUAAAAAUGUCAUUUAGUAUUUAAA